UUUUCGUUUUUAAUUUGAACAGAGAAAAACCGGUUUGUGUUACUGUUGGGGCCUAAGAAAGGGUUUCGUUCUUUCACUCUACCACUAUCACUGGAAAAAGACUAGGGCUGAGAGCUUUAUCGAAAAUCUUCCCAGAAAAAGGUUCAUUCGCUUUCUGUCUCUGCUUCUUCCAAAAUUCCCCAAAGUUUUUGUUCCGACCCUCUUGUGCCUCUAAUCAGUUUCCCUUCAUCUGAUACCUGAUCGUAUAGGUGGUCAACAAGACAUGUCAUCUGAUACUGCCAAAGAAAACGCAUCUGUAGUUGAUUCAUCAGUGACUGAAUGGAAAAAUGACAGGAAUCUGGAUGGUCCAGUUUUGUCAGAGAGCCAUAGCUAUAGAUCCAAUGAGGAUGGCUGUCAAAUUGGAGCAGACGAGCAAGUUCACUCUUAUGAACAGCGUCAAAAUUGUAGUGAAACUAAAAAGGGUAAACCAUGCAAUACAAGAUACUUCAUUAUCAAGAGUUUGAACCACCAAAAUAUUGAGUUGUCAAUUGAGAAGGGAAUUUGGGCUACUCAAGUCAUGAAUGAGCCUAUUCUUGAAGAAGCCUUUCGUAACUCUGGAAAAGUAAUUUUAAUUUUCAGUGUCAACAUGAGUGGGUUCUUCCAAGGGUAUGCCCAAAUGAUGUCUUCCAUUGGUUGGAGACGAGACAAUGUUUGGAGCCAAGGAACUGGUGGAAAUAAUCCUUGGGGUCGCACUUUUAAAGUCAAAUGGCUGCAGUUACAUGAUUUGCCUUUUCAAAAGACUCUGCAUCUAAAAAAUCCAUUGAAUCAAUAUAAGCCUGUUAAAAUUAGUAGAGAUUGCCAGGAGUUACCUCAGGAUAUUGGUGAAGCCCUUUGUGAGCUUCUUGACGGGAAGGAUGAUGUGGAUGUCAGUUUGAAAAGGGUUGAAUUCUCCAAGGUUGAUCUUCCUUUGAGGAGGCCUUGUGUGGAGCCUUCUGGUUCAUUAAGAUUUGAAGACUUUGUGCCUUCAGUGCAUAUGGCACCCACACUUUAUCCCUCAUUAGUCUACCACCAUCAAGCUGAAGCUAGUAGAUUUGACCAAGGAUAUCAGAGACCAAGUGCUGGAAGCCAUGGGAAUGUACGCUCUGACAGUGAUACAUCUGCUCAGUUUAUUGGUUGGGGAAAGUCAACUGAAAGGAGCCCCCUUGCUAGUAGUUUGACUGAAGAUGAUCUCCUGGAAAUGACAUAUGAAGAGUACCUUGAAGCUCAUAGCAGACACAACAAGAAACUAUACCAGUCGGAUAUCGGAGAUUUGUUUCCUCAAAAGACUCUUUCGCCAGUGAAGAUAUAUGAUACAAGUACGAGUAAAUGAUAUAUCUGGUUGGAACUUGCAAUUGAAUGUUCUAGUGUAUAGUUGGAGAAGUAUGGAAUAGUAAAAUCAAAAUUGCUGAGUGUAUGGGCUGAGAAUUCUUUGAA